CUCAUUGGCUGCGGAGGGAUUUGCUGGGUACUUAACAGCCCCCUUCCCCACCAAGGAGGGUUUUGUGCUUUUGGGUUUCCCCAGGAAGAGGAGCCUCCUGUGUCCAUCCCUGCUGGAAUCUGUACAGCACCAGGGAUUUCCUGAUGCCCUGACCCUGCACUGCUGGGGACCUUCCAAGGCCAGAAGCAGAACUGUGAGAUUUUUUCCCCUCAAUCUCACAAGCGCUCCGUUUUUGGCUGCAAAGGGACCAGAGGUUGGUGUGGAGAUGGGGAACAUGGACGGGAAAUCCGUGGAGGAGCUGAGCACCACCGAGUGCCACCAGUGGUACAAGAAGUUCAUGACAGAGUGUCCUUCUGGCCAGCUCACCCUCUACGAGUUCAAACAGUUUUUUGGCUUGAAAAACCUGAGUCCGGCAGCGAACAAAUACGUUGAGCAAAUGUUUGAGACGUUUGACUUUAAUAAGGAUGGCUACAUAGAUUUUAUGGAGUAUGUGGCAGCUCUGAGCCUGGUGCUGAAGGGGAAGGUGGACCAGAAGCUCAGGUGGUAUUUCAAGCUCUACGACGUGGAUGGCAACGGCUGCAUCGACCGGGCUGAGCUGCUGAACAUCAUCAAGGCCAUUCGAUCCAUCAACCGCUGCAACGAGAAGAUGACAGCAGAGGAGUUCACAGACAUGGUGUUCAACAAAAUCGACAUCAAUGGAGAUGGCGAGCUGUCCCUGGAGGAGUUCAUGGAGGGCGUGCAGAAGGACGAGAUGCUGCUGGACAUCCUCACGCGCAGCCUGGACCUGACCCACAUCGUGAGGCUGAUCCAGAACGAUGGCAAGAACCCUCACGAGGCUGGGCAGGACGCCCAGGCUGCCCAGUAGCUCCCUUGGCUUUCCUUUGGCCUCCCCGGGCACUGUCACCUGGGGUCAGCUGGGGCUGUCCCCUGAGCACGGGGACCGGGGUGUGACACCCCCGGGCACGGGAGGAGAGCCUCUGCAGGGAGGGGUGCAGAGCUAAUAACAAAAUGUCCAUCCCACACGGACCUGGGAUGGCCUCUGGACACUGCUGCUGAGCUCAGAGAGGGGACAGCCAGUGCUGCACGAGGUCUGCAGGCCAAGAACUCACUGAGAACUCCCCAAAAUUGCCACUGAGGCCGUGGCCAACACCCCCAGCGGGGUCCAACCGGGGGCUGCCCAGGACCUGGCCCUGGUGAGAGGGGUCCUGGAAAAGCAGAUCAAACCUUCUCCUUCCAUUUGUAUUUCCAGAGCGAGCAAUCUCCAGUUCUGGUCACUCUUUCCUUCACCUGUUAUUGUUUGGUCAGCAGCGAGCAGUGAUAAUGUGAGUUAAAACAUCUGUGAGCUAGCAAAAGGGGAGGGGUGAAUGCUGUGGCUUUUAUUGUUUAAAAGCAUUAAACACAUGGAAUGGUGCCUUUUUUUAACAACCCCCUGGACUGGAAGGAAAUGUUUCUCCCUGAAGCAUCUGGAAGGAAGGAAGUGCUUCCUGACAAGCAGAAUCAGCACGCAGUGACCCGAGAGGGAGCUGCAGGACUAUUCCUGCCCAGUUCACACCUGGCAAAGGAGCACCAGGAGGCUUUGACCCCCUGUCUGUGUGGGUUCUGCAGGGGGGAGCUGCUGCACAGGGGGACCCCCGGCUCAGAGCAGCACCUGGGGAUUCCUGCCAGGCCCAGAGCUCAGGGUGGGAUCAGGGCAGUGCCCGGGGGCUCAGCCCUGGCACCCCUUGUGCAGGGCCCGUGCCAGGGCAGGGCUGCCAGCCCCCAACAGCCCGGGCUGUGCCCUGGCUGCUCCUGCAGGGAGCUCCUCACCCCUGGGCCUGGUGAGGCAACACAGGACACCAGGAAGGACUUCUUGACCAGCAGAGAGCUCUGUUAUUUGGCACUGGGUGUUUGCAAUUCAUAAGCAGCUUCCUGACCAUUUUUCUUGGGUGUCUUUUUCAGUUGACAGAGUUUUACCUGGAAGCUUUUGGACUUCCAGUCCUACGGUGAGCUAAUAAAGAUG